AUGAGUGGCAAUACCACCACAGAUGUUGAAGGGGAACACAUCAUUGCCGGUGCUCUCUCUGGAGUGCUUGCAAUCAUAGGGUUAAUCAUCAACACAAUCGUGAUUAUGGCGCUCUUACGAACACCAGUAUUUCACAAUGCUUUCGGACUUAUAUCCAUUCUACAUUUAGUAUCAAAUAGCGGAGAACUGUUAAUAUAUCUUGAUGCUUCAAUCACAAAUACUUUCGUCGGUUCAAGAGUUGCACAGAUUUACCUGGUGUUCUGGUAUGGUUCCAUAUAUAGCCAGCUGCAAAUCGCUAUAAACCGCCUUGUUGCAAUAGCUUUUCCCGUCAGAUACAAUGAUUUUUUCACGGGGAGGACCUUAAUUUACUUCAUCGGAUUUUUUUGGAUUAUAUCAGUACUCCAUGCAUUGGCUUUCAGCCCGUAUGAUUGCGCACUGUGGUUUGACAGCUCCAGUUUUAUGUGGCUCUUUCGUCCCACCAUAUGUGGAUAUGUGCUGGUCAUCUAUAUGAUUUCGGGUCAUGCCGCAUGUGUUUGUGGUGUGAUAUUCUUCAUUGACACGAUAACAUUCUGCUGUAUAUGGAAGAAGACAAAAAUGCUACGUCAUACCAAUGGUCAAAAAACUAACCACGAAAAGUUGAGGCUGAAGAAGAAUAUCUUAUUUUUUGCUCAGGGUUGUUCUCAAAGCAUCAUUCUUCUACUUGCAAUUUUAUCGUUUAUUGUUGUUGCAAAAUUCGCUUCCACGAGAAUGCAAAUAUUUGUAACAUGUUGUUUGAACUGGGAGCUUGCUCACAUCAGUUACGGUGUUGUCCCCGUGGCUUUCAACAAACCUUUACGAGAUAUCAUGUUCAAGCCACAUCUCCUUUUCCGAAAGAAGCAAUCAGUUGCAACGAAUAUAACUUUGUCACGUACAUCUCAGGCGCCACCAUGA